AUGGAUUAUACAAGAAAAUAUGAAGCUUGCCAAAUCCAUGCGAAUUUAGUCCAUCAACUUCCGGAACCACUACAUCCGACAGUAGCUUCAUGGCCAUUUGAUGAAUGGGGUCUUGAUGUAAUUAGACCUAUAACUCCAAAGUCUUUAGUAGGGCAUGCAUAUAUACUAGCCGGGACUGACUACUUCUCUAAGUGGGCCGAAGCCGUACCAUUGAAGGAAGUAAAGAAAGAAAAUGUUAAAGAUUCCAUUCGUAUCCAAAUCAUUUAUCGAUACGGUGUCUCGUGGCAUAUCAUAACUGAUAAUGGCAAGCCAUUUUGCAAUAGCCACAUAAACAAUUUAUGUGCAAAGUUUGGGUUCAAACAGUACAACUCAUCAUGUACAAUGCGGCGGCUAACGGAUUAG